AUGCAGAUCUUCGUGAAAACUCUAACGGGGAAGACCAUAACCUUGGAGGUUGAAUCCUCCGACACAAUCGACAAUGUGAAGGCCAAGAUCCAGGAUAAGGAAGGCAUCCCGCCAGACCAGCAGCGUCUUAUAUUCGCCGGAAAACAGCUGGAGGACGGUCGCACCCUCGCAGACUACAACAUCCAGAAGGAGUCAACUCUCCACCUCGUUCUCCGCCUCCGUGGUGGUGCCAAGAAGCGCAAGAAGAAGACCUACACCAAGCCGAAGAAGAUCAAGCACAAGCAUAAGAAGGUCAAGCUCGCUGUUCUGCAGUUCUACAAGGUUGAUGAUUCAGGAAAGGUCCAAAGGCUCCGCAAGGAAUGCCCCAAUGCUGAGUGUGGUGCGGGAACUUUCAUGGCUAACCAUUUUGACAGGCACUACUGCGAAAUUGUUGCAUCUGAAGCCACUCAGAAAUAA